AUGCCUGCUAAAGAGGAGAAGCAGCUGGCUAGUAGCUUAGCUCAGCGCAAGUGCCUGUUGAAAGUUUUUGAUGCGCUUGAGCGGUUCAUCCGUGAUUACGAUCAUGAUCGCGACAGUUUCCAGUUGUGUGUGCGGAUUCAUUCACUGGACAAGAUGAACGAAACCUUCGCGGAGUGUCAGAGUGUGAUCGAGAAGCUGGAUGCACCAGAGGCUCUGGAUGAGCACAUCGACGAACGCGUUGAAUUCGAGCAACGGUACUGCAAGGCAAAGGGUUUCCUUCUCUCGAAGCGAACCGGGGAUCCUAACCAGUCGGCAUUGAACGAAUCGGUUCACGCUCCACAGCAACAUCAAGCAAACUUCCACCUCCGUCUGCCAAAAAUCGACCUACCGAAGUUCAAUGGGGACUUUUCACGUUGGAUUUUAUUCCGGGACAGGUUUACUUCGAUGAUCCACGUGAACGGCGAUAUUCCCACAGUCGCCAAGCUCCAAUACCUUCUCCAAUCUCUCGAGGGUAGCGCCAAGAAACCCUUUGAAUCGGUCGAUAUCGCCGCCGAUAGCUACGCUACAACUUGGGACGCACUGCUGAAGAGGUACGACAACCGGAAAUACCUUAAGAAGCAACUCUUCAAGGCGCUGUACGAGCAGGAGUGUGCAACACGCAUCCACGGUUUGGUCGACGAUUAUCAACGUCAUGUUCGCGCCCUAGCCAAACUGGGCGAACCGGUGGAAUAUUGGGACUUGCCACUCAUCUACCUGCUCUCGUACAAGCUGGAUCACGCCACACUACGCGCCUGGGAGGAGAAGACUAGCCACAAGGACGAUGUGAAGUAUGAUGAACUGGUCGAUUUUCUCUACCAGCGGGUGCGGAUACUCAAUUCCGUCGGGCCAGACAGUUAUCAAUCAGCCUCGUCGAAGGUGGCCGGCUUCCAGCAGAAAAGCUUCAAGCAGAAAGUGUCGGUCAAUGCAUCAGCCUCAUCCACUCCCAGCUACUCUUGUCCGCUUUCCUGUUCGGACAGUCAUUCCAUCCGAAUAUGUCCGGUGUUUCUUGGGAAGAACGUCAGUCAACGCCGAGAGUUGGCUUCCCAAAAGCGCCUGUGUUGGAACUGCCUCAGCGUUGGUCAUCAAUCCAAGAAGUGCAAUUCCAAAUACAACUGCCGUACAUGUCAUGAGAAGCACCACUCGCUUCUGCAUGAUUUCACUCCAGCGAAGGUAUCAGCUACGCCAGCAAUGCAAGUAAGCACAACAGAGCCAGCCGUGUCGUCGAAGCCCGCUGUUUCUACAGUUUCCUCCGUUCAGCAACCGCUUCCAUCCACGUCCCGCCAAGUUAGCAUGGCAGUCCAAACUGCAUGCACCAUGACGCUGCUUGAAACGGUUGUUCUCAACAUCGUUGACGACCACGGCAUCUCGCACAAGGCUCGUGCUCUCCUCGAUUCGGCAUCGAUGUCGAAUUUCAUUUCGAAACCGUUGACGAAGAACCUCUCCAGCCGCCGGUCUACAGUGGGCGUAUCCGUCGCAGGCAUCGGAUCCUCCACACAGAAGAUUAGUAGUGCCAUUACAGCAACCAUCGAGUCGGGAGAUCGAACGAUCUCGAUGAAAUUGCAGUUUUUGGUACCGAAGCAGCCAUCGUCGGAGCUGCCAACUACGCCGAUCGACAUUUCGGCGUGGAAAAUUCCAAGCGUCGAGCUAGCAGAUCCACAGUUCAAUGUUCCCGAAAACGUAGACCUCGUCAUCGGUAGCGAAACGUACCGGGAACUCCACACGGGACGGAAGAUUUCUCUGGGAGAAGGUCGAAAAUCUCUGGUCCCGCAUCUCGCUUGGCUACCUGCAUUCCACGGUUCUGCUACCUCUCCACUGCUGACGAUCGACUGGAAGCCGCUCUACGCAAGUUCUGGGACAUGGAAACAAUUCCAUCGGCUCCAGUUUCACCUGUUGUUCGGCCAUUUUGACACAAGCUCACGCCGCCAUCGUGUGGAGCAACGAUCGCCCACUGGCAAGUCGCCGGUACUACGACGCCAUCGCGACAACUGCGUCACCAGCAACGAACCUUCGUCUUCGGAAGAACCUUCGUCUUCGACACACCGCCGGAAGAACCUCCGUCUUCGGCACACCGCCGGAAAACCUUCGUCUUCGGCGUCCCGCCGGAAAACAUCGUCUUCGGCACUCUGCCGGAAAGCCCUCCGUCUUCGGCACUCGCCAGAACCCGUCAUCGCUACCAAAAAUCCUGCGCAGUACAAAACCCCGUCCAACCCGAAUGAAGUCGUCUGA